UGGCGCGAAAAUUCAGCGUGGUUUCCACUUCAAGAUGGCGCAGGCAAGGGUCACCGAAUUUUACUCUUCCCGUAAAAGAUCUGUAGCACAGCAGUCUGCAAAGCGCAGGAAAGUCCAGCGCGUGGAGGAUGGUACCCAAGAGUCGGUAGUAUCGGAGAAAGAGGCAGUUAUUGCACCGAAGACGCGUACUAGAGCUAGAGCUAAAGUGGCAUUGUCGUUUGACCCUUCCGAAGUUGAAAAGAGUUUUUCCAAAAUGGCCGCUGAAAUCAUUUCUGGAGAAACAACGCCUCAAACCAAACCUUCACGUGGCACGCAGUCCAGAAAAAAGACGCAGAAGUCUACAGCCCGGAAGACUCGGCAAACAGCACGCACAAAACUAGAAAACCGGCUAGAAGAUACAGCUAUUGCGAAGGCGUUCGAGUUUGCAGGGCAGAAGGACAGUCCAACUGCGCAGUCUACAGAAGAAGCCAGCUCUGACUGUAGUGAAGAUACAGGACAGAUGUCUGACUGUGCUGUCACCAACAGUUCGUCAGCACCUCGCUCGCCCACCAAGAGAGGGGCAGGCCACGGCACCAGCUGCGAUACUCUACGCAAAAGGAAGAAGCUGGCUUCAACUACCACUGAGGCCACACUGUUUGACAGUAUGAAGGAAGGGACUCCUAAAAAGGGCUUCGCGUUCAGGAUAGAUGAGUCGAGUGGAGAGGAGGAACAGAAGUGCAUUAAGGUGCCAGCCAGGAGGAAACUAGCGAUGAAGCGAGGCAAGAAAACCACUAGUGAAGCAGACAACGCAACAUCAAAGACACUUCCAGACCCUGAACAGACGCGAGAGGUUGUUCAGUCUUCACACAAGUCAAGAGGCAAGGCAAAACAAAAGGCUGCCAACACAGUGAAAGAAGAUCACGACAAGCUGACGGCAACAACCAGAAAAGAAGUCACCCAAAAAGAAGAUGGUGAAGAGGUAGUAGACACCCCAACAACAGCCAAAACACCAGCUGUCAAGUCUCGGGCAUCACAGCAGCCCAGUACCCCCCUAGCCCAGCCCAAACGCCCCUCUGUAACCAUGACCCCCUCCCCCUGUACCCCCUCCCAGUCUCCUGGAGGCAGCAGGACCCCCCUGAGUGACAGGGUAAGGGAGGCCAUCAGACAGGGCAGUCUGUCAUCCAGUCCAAAACUUUCGUCACCUGUGAAAAAGGACAAGUCUCAGACUAGGAGCAGAAGAUCCUCAGGUGUUCAUGAACUACAGAGAAGACUUGCCCGUGUGCAGGAGGAAGCUGCCAAGGUCAAGGCCAAGGAGAAGACUAUGACACGAGCAGAGCUGCGAGAAAAGCUGAUAAAGUCCGGACAGUUGUCUUCUCUUCAACAACACAUGAAGUCUAUGCAGGAGGGGGCAGAAAAACUUAAAGCCGACAAGUCUAAACAGAAACAGGUGCAAUCAAGCUCCAGCAAGGAGGCAACAGAAGAAAGCAGUGACCACCAGGUGGCGCCAGCGUAUGUGCGACACCACCACCUCACCACCGCGGUGCCUCCCCCGCCGGCGUCCCUCGGCCUGCCGUACCAGUACAAGCUGCUGGCGGAGAUGUUUCGCAGCAUGGACACGGUGGUCAGCAUCCUGCACAACAGGGAGGAGCUGGCCACCUUCCAGAAGCUGAAGAACGCUGUGCAGGAGAUGUGCCGCAAGAAGUUUGAAAAACACCACAUGGGACAGAUCAAGACCGUGUUCCCAUCGGCGUACGUCUUCCGCCAAGAGAAGGUCAGCCAGUGCUGGCGGAGUCAGGGAGACAAGAAGACGCAGUACGAGCUGACGGUGCAGGCCAACCUGGAUGGCCAGCCCAGCGGAGACACAAGUGCCUCAGGAAAGCCUGUGCCCCAGGCUAGAGCAUCCUUCUCCUCCUCACAGUUGAUAAACCGGAGGAACAUCUUCCAGACCAAUCUGGUCGGCAUUGUGAAGGAGAACCAUAGGAGGUUUAUCCAGACCCUAGCUCCCUCCCCAUCUGUGUCUGAUGACGCCCUGACCAAGUGGCAUCCCAAGUUCCCGCUGGAUAAGGUACCAGACAUCGAACCGUCCCCACUACCGCUGCCACCCAACGUACAGAAGUACUCCACUGCUCAAGACGUCUUGGACCAGGCCAGGGGGAAAAUCCUCCCCAGGGUGGAGAAGGCACUACAGAAGGUUGCACAACUCUCCCCCAAGGAGACAGGAAAGACCAAGUCCAACACUCCAACAUCUGUCUCCACCCCUGCUAACAAAGGUGCACCACUGAGUCUACUGGAGAGGAUCCGGGCCAAAGAAGCUGCCAAAGCAGAGAAGUACAUGACAAGAGAUGCUGACCAAGAUAGGAAAACAGCCAUGAUUGGACGGCUGCCCGACCUGGCGCGGAUCUUGAGGACGUACUUCGUGACGGAGAAGAAGCCAGCUGUCCCCAUCGAGUCUGCCGUCAAGAAGAUGUCCGAAAGCUACAGAUCUGUCCUCUCCUCCAGUGAGUCAGAGGCCCACCUGAAACUGCUGACAGAGAUGGCUCCUGGCUGGUUGUCUGUAGUGAAGAUCAGUAAAGGCACUUUCCUUAAGAUGGACAGGAACCAGGACAUCAACAUCAUUGUGGACAAACUGAACAAGGCACUCAAAGACAGCAUGUAACAAUUCUACUGUAUAAGCAAUUCCAUUUUGACAUCCUCAUACACAAUAGUAUUGUGGGAAGCUGUUAUCCAAUGUACUAUGAUGAGAUGAGUGCAAUUGUUAAGUCGCUGUAAAAUUGUCUAUUUUCUGUUCUAGUUAUUAGGGUGUUAGGACUACAACCUAGGAGAGCAGUUUUCUGAGGAAGAGACAUGUUUUGUUGUUGUUUGUGUUAACUUCUUAUAGAUCUAGUUUAGAUUUCGUUGAACAUUUUAAACAUUUUCAAUGACAUUAUAGGAAGUGGAACCCAGUCAGGAAUAAAGAAGAAAAGAGGAAGAAGAUGGGAAAUAUUCUGCUCAGGACCAAAACUUUUGUUCUUUGUUUAAAAAUUAACGACCAUAUGCAGACCAUCAUGUUUCCUCUUUCCUUUACUAGUCGCAUUUCACUUCUUGUGCUGUACUUGAAUAUUACCAUUUUUUAGUCAUCUUCUGUUUUUAAAUCUUCACUUUGAUUUACUUGUCCUUUUUUUCACUGUAUGUUAACAUAAUUGCUGGUACAAAUACCUUUUUAAACAUGUUUUUAGAAUUAAGCAUUUUGUUGGACCAGGAUGGAUUUUUCAGGGAAUAGUAAGAAAUAAAUUUUCACAUUUUGUGUUCAUAAUUUAUUUUCCUUUGCUCUUGGUCUAAGAUCAAGUGCUUACAUUUUUUUUCAUUAUUAUUCUAAUUGUAAUUUUUUUUCAUUUUAACCCUUCCCCACAAUCAUUCAGAAUUAGUGUGAAAACCAUUCUACAGGCAUAUAGACAUGUACAUGUAUAUAGACAACAGUCUUGUAUAAUGAUAGGAAUGGAAGAAUGCUGCUUAUGCCUGUAUUUUAUGCAUGUAGUUAUCCCAAAGGAAAUGCCUGACUUGUACAUUUCUGUAAAUGUUGGAACCGUUUUUCAGGGACUGUUUUUUUCAUGUUUAAAACUGUUUAGAUCAAUUCUUGACAGUACUUAUCAUUCAUGUACUAGGCAAUGAAGCAAUAAAUUCCGUUACAUGCUUCAUAUGA